GUUUCGGUUUCUUCCCAAAGAACUCCACCGAACGCACAAGGCCAAGAAAAACCAAGCACAGGGGGCAGAGGGUACAGAUAGUGUCGUUGAAUAAAUCGCCAUCUCACUGUACACUUUAGGGGAGGGGAUGAUGUCGGAAAGCGAGGAGCAGGGCUCACUCAUGGACAAAAUCAAAGAUAAGAUCCAUGAGUACAAGCACUCGUCGUCGUCGUCUUCCUCGGACUCCGACGGCGACAAAAAACCCAAGAAAUCCAAGAAGAAGAAGCUCUUCGGGAGGAAGCAUCCGCUGCAUCGUGUCCUCGGCGAGGGAAAAGCUGCUGAUCUUGUGCUGUGGAGGAACAAGCAGACAUCCGGGAGCAUCUUGGCAGGGGUAACCGUGAUCUGGUUGCUGUUUGAGGGCAUCGGUUACCACCUCCUCACCUUCCUCUGUCAUACGCUCAUCGUCAUCCUCACCGUCUGCUUCAUCUGGUCCAACGCUGCGUCCUUCAUCAACAGGUCUCCUCCCAAGUUCCCAGAGGUCAUUCUAUCUGAAGUCCAAUGCCUGAAGUUCGCUCAUAUUGUGAGGAAAGAAGUCAAUGAGGCUUUCUUUACAUUGCGCAAAGUUGCUUCUGGGAAAGACCUGAAAACAUAUCUGAUGGUAACCUGAGUUCUACUACCUCUUUUGUUAACUCUUGUUUCUGUUCUAAGUAAGAUGGUGCUGUGCUUCAUUUUUCUUACUGGAGCGUUUUUCUUGCAGUCAAUUGUUGUCCUGUGGUUCAUUUCUAUAAUUGGGAGCUGCUUCAGCUUCUUGACUCUGUCUUACACUAUUUUUCUGAUGGCAUACACGCUUCCCAUGCUGUAUGAGAAAUAUGAAUAUCAAGUCGAUGCUGUGGGAGAAAAGGCCCUGAUCGAGAUCAAGAAGCAAUACGCAGUGCUCGAUGCGAAGCUUCUCUCAAAGAUCCCAAUGUUGUCCGACAAGAAACAGCAUUGAAGUGGCACUUUGAAGCCCUACGCCCUCAAUAUUUUCAGUACAUUAACCAUAUACUCUCCUUUGGUUUUCCUUUGUCAUUAUUAGCAAUACAUGAGAUGACAUCAUACAUAUUAUAUGAAUUUUUAAGCAUCGGAAUUGACUUUUCCGAAUCCUAGAACAAAAAGUAGUUGCUUC